AUGGGAAAGCGAAAGUCGAAGAGAAAGGCGCCGCCAAAGGCAAAAUCCGUCAUGCCCCUCGACACCCAGUUCAACUGCCCGUUUUGUAAUCACGAACGCGUUUGCGAGGUGAAAAUGUGAGUCACUAUCGAUUAUCAGAGGAAACAUUUAAAAACCGCGCAGAAAAUCGAUGAAACCUACAUUUUCAGGGACCGCGAGAAGAACGUCGGCUACAUCUCAUGUCGCGUCUGUUCCGAGGACUUCCAGACCAACAUCACCUACCUAUCGGAGCCAAUCGACGUCUAUUCCGACUGGGUUGACGCCUGCGAGCAAGCUAAUAACGCCUGA